GGUCCCAGGGUCACCGCCGCCUGCGCCGGUAUGCGGCGUCCCUGACGGGGCUCCUUCCCCGCACCUCCGCCAGGAAGGAGCUGACUGACACCUGACCUAUGCACCAAAGAUUCAACCAGUGAGAUUAUUUUAGUGAAUCAUAGGAACAGCAGCAGUUUGGCCCCACGUGUGAACCUCAGGAGAGAGUUGAAUCAGCAGGAGUAGCAGCAGCAGGAGUAGCAGCAGCAGGAGUAGCAGCAGGAGUAGCAACAGGAAACCAAAACAAAAGAGUGCUGUCGUGGCCGCCAUGUGAGUUAUCAUGGGUCCUAUCCGUGCCUUCAUCCGCCCUUCACACGGCGCCGCCCCUGGGGAGUUUGUCACCACCGCCAGCCCCUUUAGCCCAACCCACCGGAGCUUCUCUGCUCCACACCGCCCAUGUUGCGCCCACGCCACCCCUCCUUCCUCCACUCUCACCCCGCACCACCCUCACCUCCACCCACACCCACAUCCCUACUGCCAAACGUGCACGUCGGACCCCCUGCGUGUUGGACUGGUGUCCUCGUCGGUGGCAGUGUCACAGCCUUGUCUCUACCAUCCCUUUAGGACACUCCUACCACCAGGAGCGGCGCCGGCGGACCCCCACCCAGGCCUCAUCAUCUCGCACGGCACGAGGGGUGAGGGGCACAAGGGAGGGGGAGAGGCCCAAAAACAAGGCAGAUGGAGGAAAGGCAAAGACCAGAGCGAGUGGAAGGACAGUGAUUAUGCUUGUAAAUGGAAGAAAGAUAAAGAUGAGUUUAAGAAAUACAGUGGUGAGGGAAAGUGUAAGAAAAGUGAUCACGAUAACAAGUGGAGCAAGUACAGCGAGGAAUACAAGUGGAGGAGGGAGAGAGGCGAUAACACGUGUAAGAAAGAGAAGGAUGGAUAUAAAUGGAAAAAGAGUAAGGAUGAAUACAAAUGGAAGAAUAACAGAGAGGAGUUUCAGUGGAAAGCAGUAAGAGGGGAUGAUCGUGAGCAGGAGAGGUGGAAGAAGGAUAAAGACGAGUGUAAGUGGAAGAAAGAUAAGGCAUCACCCCUGCCAUACCUCUCGUCCUUAGCCAAGUCUGAUGAGCCCUCCUCAUCACGCACGGUCUUAGCUUUCCCAUUCUCAGACGAGGAGGAAGACGAUGAAUAUGCGGACGAAGGUAGGACCACAGGCGAGAAUAGACACGAGACGUGGCCCAUCUCUGACAUCGUCGAAACUGAGGACGAGGAAGGAGAGCAACAACCUGAAGGAGUAACACAGCAAGACCACCCUGAGAGGAAAGAAAGGGAGGAAAGUGACAGAGAGGAAGAGGUUGUUCAGGGGAGUAACGAGACCAGCGUUGUAAAGAAGUCCCUCAAAGAGCCCAGUCCUGCAGUAGAGAGUCAAUUCAAUGUUGUGAGCGAGGAACAGGAAUCACCCAACACCACCACAGUACCUGAAGGAGAAUCGUCGAGUCUCAAGGCCAAGCGCACCUCAGAACAUGACGGUGAGGAGGUCGACUUACACCCCAACAACGUUAAGAACAAAUGGCAGGAAGAAGAAACUCAUUCUCCUCCUUCAGCUGAGCAUCGACGGGAGGAAUCAGAAGGAGAGGGAGAUGUAGUGGGAGAGGAAGAAGAGGAAGAGAAAGCGGGGGAAGAAGUGAGGAAAGAGAAGAAGGGAGAGAGCAGCGAGCUUCCACGUGACGGCAUCAGAGCGACACAGCGCCUCCGCCCACGUAGCUACAGACAGUUCCUGCUGACGAGGGAGAGACGUAGUCGGGUGUUCCUCAAGGCACGGAGUUACCACCUAGGGCGUUGGUUCAUCACCCACUUCACCCACCCUUACCCCUGCAAGGACCAGAAAGACCAGCUGGCAACCCGCACCAACAUGACCAGGAAUCAGGUGAGUGAGUGGUUCGGCAACAUGCGACGUCGUAUCCGGGAGGCGACUCGUGGGAUGGGCAUCUGCUGGGAGGAGCGAGUCCGUGUGUACAACUCUGUCAUCACGGGCAAGUCGGAGCCUCUCCCCAUCAUACCUGAAGACGCCAUCAACACUUGGGUUCCCCCCGUGCCUCAAGAGCCUCAAGUCUUGGACUCUCACGAGGAGGUGUCCGCGUCUCCCAAGUUCAAGACGACGCUUCUUCAGCGGUACCUCAACAACUCCCUGGAAGCCCCCGCCCGCCACUACCCCGCCAGUGACGGCGCCAACGUCCGGCAGCCGUCAACCUCGGCCUCCUCCUUAGAAGACGACCUUCAUUCGCGCUACAAGACUUCAGCACAUUUGGAACCUUCUGUUGCCUUCUCCCAGUCCCUUCCGCUUUGUACCUCCAGUCCAAAGGAAAAGAGCUUUCAGGCUCUCUGGAACGCCUCGUUUGAGCGUGUGAAAGACGGACAGGUGGUAGCUACGACCUCUAGGUUCUUGGGAAGAGGUGAGUACCUGUUGAAGCCUCAGGGAGAGGAAGAGGGGCGAGUCAUGAAGAGGUACGACCGUCAACGAGGCUCCGAGUACGGCUCGCCGAGCGUCAAGAGACAGCGGACAUCAGAGACCAGCGAGGACUGGCUACACCGCGCCUCCACUUCAAGGGACUUGUCCACUCCGUUCUUCCUGAGUCGCCGCGACACACCUGAGGGAGGACAGGGCACCACCUCUCACCUGUCGUCAUGGACCAACCACGCCACAAUAGGCGACAUAAGGUCCUCAGAUGAGGAGAGCGGAGUAGAGCAAUGCCGGCGUCAACCAGAGGAGAUUGCCGCCGCUUACACUCUCAUGGAGCUCCAAAACAUGUGACGCACCGCACCAACCACUCCACACUUGGUUGAUGACCCGCCGUCCGUGGGUCAGAGGAGGGCGUCUCCCUCCCCACGCUUCCCUCACCUAUCAUCUGUGGGCCGAAGGAGAGCUGUGCUUCAUCACCCUCCAUCUGAGGUCAUCAGGCUCUGUUCCACCUCACUGUCCUCUCCCGUCACCUCAGGACGACCUCUCCCCAAUCCUCAGCAAGUAUCCAUUCCUCGUGGACUUCCAAAAUCCCUUUAUGCCAGCCUGAAUUUCUCCAAGUCCUCUUGAAACACACGACUCUGUAGCAUCCUUUGGAAUUAAGCAAGACGUUUUGAUGCCUUCGACUACACAAGGAGUGCGUAUCUCCCCCGGUAUGUGGGUAGUUCCUGGACUCUAGGAAGUUGUCUACUGUUCCUCAACUCCAAUAUGCUGGAACGUUUUCUGGCCCUCAAGACAUAAUCUCCCUAGAGGAAAUGAUCUUAAAUCUCUUUUCCAUUUGCUGCCUUCCGUUCCCUAUUAUGUGAUAUUAUGCUUCCGAGGAUGUUUGCUUAAAUUCUUACAAACUCCUAGAUGUAUAACUGCCAUAUGAAACUUUACAGUGAACAGUUGAAAACGAGUGAAUGAACAUAAAUGUAGUUCAGUUACAGAACAUUAUUUUGAGUAUUUUGGUGUCUGUUAUAAGAUGAUAACUCUGCUUGAUGAGUGAAAGAUUAUAGUUGAUUAAGACUUGAGAACAAUAGUCUUCUGAAGAGUACAACUCCUACCUGUGUACAAAUAUCAACAAACACACAAGACGAGCACCGCUCUUGGGAACACACAGCAGCGUCUUCUACUUGUGACGAGUUGUGAAGUUUAGUCAGUUGAUGGACGUUUUCUAUCUCUCUCUCCGUUGUUACCUGGUCUCAUAAUUAGUGCCACUUGAUCCACUCAAGUGAACUACAUAAGAUGUUUGAUGUGCAAGUGUCGGGUGUUUGACCACUUGAGCUGCCUGCACAUUAUAGGAAGGAAGUCCAAUCAAGCUGGUGUUUGUGCCUUAGUGUGGCUGUUAACAUCCUCACUAAAGGAGAAACACAGCAGGAUGUUUCAUGGUUUCAGCCGCCUCCGCCCAGCACAGCAACCGGACCAGCACACGGUGAAUGUAUCCACCUAGAAAACGCAUCGUGACUAGAGGAUAUAGCUGAGCUAUAUCCUAUUUUCUGUUGUUACUUCAAAGCAGGUCUUUGAAUGAUCAUCUGCACGUCCCAGUCAUCAGCGUGAAGCAGUGUUAGUAAACAAACAGUCAGUUGGUUUGCGUUCUAGUAAGCCAAGACUCAGAGGGACGUAGCACAGUCUUGUGUGAGUGUAUUAAGUUACAUCUAGUCUUUCAAUUAAUUGUGUUUCGAUGGAGAGUUGUCACUGGAGGGAUGAAUGUGUGUGAGGGCCGCCGUAACGCGUUAGAGAGACCCCUAGAUGGCAUCAUGUGGACGGAACAUUGUCAAGUAAAGUCUAUGUUUGGAAAGACGCCUCGUGUGUGGUGUGGCGCCAAGGUAAUAUUAACACAGGAAAUAUAAUGACUCACCAAGGGGCGAGGUGGUGUGUUACUCAGCUGCUGCUAACGUGAUGCUGUAUAUGUGAACUUAACGUUAGUGAUUUUGUGCCUCACAAUACUUGAAAAGCAGUGCACAGAAAUGUGACAAACACAGACACUUUUUGUUCGGUAGUGAAUAUCUUGUAGCCUCCAUCCUCACUUGCCGUCACCACAGGAAGUUCUUCAGCCAAGAAGUGACCGUGUGAGGGCGCUACACUGAUCCCUCGUGCCAUCUACGGAACUCUGAAAUGAUUUAUGACACUUUUUGUUUGUUCGGCUCCACACAUGAAUUUGUCUCUACCAAAUAGGCGAACGAGUUUAUGAUUCUGUUGCUUCCUGAGAGUAAAAGAAACUACUCUUCAUCGAAUCACACUUGUAAAUAGUUAUAUCUCUGCGUUAUUGAUAAGCAUUUUCCUCCUGGUUCUGUGCAUCUCUUGUUGUAGUUUUUAUGCGCUAUCUAGAAAACCUUCCCAACUCCUAUCAAUUUCAUCCUGUACUCAACCCACUUCCAAUACGACUUUGAACUGUUUUCUGACUUAAUGAUACAUGUAUCUUACUCAUUCUACACAUAUAAACCUUGAGCUAGUCAUCCCAGUGAACACAGCUGCCACAUAAUCUAGUCAUAGCAAAGCAGGUAGAAGUAGGGACAGUUUAGUGCAGUGUCCCCCUCAACAUCCCUCUUCCGUGACACAGAAAACGGAAGCGUUAACUAAACUAUUUAUUAAUUAAUUUAUUUAUUACUAUAUAUUUUCUCCUAUUAACACACACACACACACACACACACACACACACACACACACCAAAUAGUGGUUGACUGACUCCAGAUGGUGGUUGACUUAGUUAACUGAUUAAGGUUGUAGUUGUUGUCGAUCAAGUUGAAACACAAACCAUCAGCACAAACAAAGACUCGAACUGUCACUAACAACCACCAGAACUGCCACAAACAACCACUAACACCGCUAACAACCAUCAGACGUGUCACAAACAACCACUAACAACCAUCAGACGUGUCGCAAACAACCACUAACACCACUAACAAACAUAAGACCUGCCACAAUCAACCACUAACAACCAUCAGACCUGUCACAAACAACCACUAACACCACUAACUACCACCCGAACUGCCACAAACAACCACUAACAACCAUCAGACCUGUCACAAACAACCACUAACUCCACUAAUAACCAUCAGACCUGUCACAAAAACAACCACUAACAACCAUUAGACCUGCCACAAACAACCACUAACAACCAUCAGACCUGUCACAAACAACCACUAACA